AUGAACAACACCACCAAGACCAACAGUAUCGAUGAGAAAGUAUGGGAACGCCAUCGUUCGAAGAUCGAGAGCUUGUACUGGGAACACUCGCUUAGCACGAUCGAUACGUAUAUGAAGAAGUAUCACGGUUUUGCUGCGAGUAAAGCACAAUACGAAAGACACUUAAGAAAAUGGCAAUUACGGAAAAAUCUGACUGGAUCUCAAUGGGGAAUGAUCAUCAGGCAUAUCAAGAGGAACUCGAUUUGCCUUGAGCGAGUCGAAGUGUUGUUCAAGGGACACGAGAUUCCGCAGUCACGGAUUAUACAAGAGAUUGCGCGACGCAGCUCGCUGAUCAACACACUAGAGCAUGGGUCCGACAGGCUUCCUAUGAAUAUCACCCUACGACCACGAUCAAGCACCCCGAACAUGGACAUCGCGAAUGGCCUUCGGACAUCAUCAUCCCUUGUUACAAGCUCUUCGUCUUCGUCUUUGCAGACCGAGGAUGACCUUGAUCUAGUUACAAUAACCUCACCAACGAUCAAUAGCCUAGGUCUGAACAAAUCCACCUGUACCGGCCUGUACACUCCGUCGUUUUCGUGGAUGCAGCUGGGAAAGAUGGACUCGCUCCUACUGACCUCCUCUGUUUUUCAACAGUUAGUGAAGCAGACACAACCUUCCGAAACGCAAUUCAAUGCAAUCUUCUGCCCAACACAUCACUUCACUGCAGGUGGAACGCAAACAAAACACGACACGGUACUUCCAUCGUAUAUGAUCGCGUCACUGCUCAACAACGUAUCCUUGGCCGUCCAUCCAACCUCAAACAACGCGUAUGCACUGAUCAAGGCGCUCCCACUCAGCGCUGUAUCACAAGGCUUGAAGGCUCUCUCGAUCCCGAUCCAGGAUGCUUUCAAAGAAAGGGUCUUCGCUAUUUCAGUCCAGAAUGGAGACUUAGCUCUUAUGCUGGCCAUGCUGAAGCUGAAACUCGAUCCUUGGGAGCGAAUCAUGAUGGACUGGGAGUUUGUAUCGCAACCAACGUACCCUCUUACGUUCGCGACAGCUGUAGGCCAUCACAAAAUUGCAAGAACACUUCUUUCACAGAUGUGUCAAGGUGCAAACCAAUCACAACUUCACGAACUAUUUGGUCAGAUCGUCGAAGGAAGAAAGCUCGGCAAAAAUAUCGCACAUUGCGGUGAAGACAGACAUAGGUCUAGGAUGCCAGAAACGAUAGAGUUGAUGUGUAUCGUUCUCGCUGCCGGAGCCAGUCCUAUCCGCAAAUGCUUAAACAAUUCAGAUCCUAUCUCGAUACCUCAUCUCAAGCAACUGAUUGACAGUACAGCAGGUGGAAUCAUGGCAUGGCUGGAGAUAGGCCUAUUGGACUAUUAUCUUACCAAGCCUGAAGGGUGGGAAGCACCACAUAUGCUAAGAAACCGUGUGUCUGCGGCCCACGACAUUCUACAAUGUGUCUUCAACGACUACCGAGAUCAUCUGCCGAAGGGGUGCCCAAGAGUCAAGGAAGUAAUGCGGGACGUAUUACGUGUUGUUCAAACUGAACUCGAUGACAGUGCGACCCAGACGAUUCUGAAUGCUUUCAACCUUGUCGGGUACCGCCUUGUCGGCGAAGAGAUUCACGAGGAGGACAUAAGUAUGCCUGGUUCUAUCAACGAUUCAAUUUUAGAGCCUUUCGAUAGCACAGACUGGACAGCGGCGGCAUCCUUGAUGAUAGCAGAAGGUCCAAAUUCGGCUCCAUCAAUUCGAGAACUCGAAAAAAAGCUCAAGGACGCUAUCGCAGAGAAAAAUCUCAUAUAUUCGCUCUCCGCCAUACGAAAGCACCCUGCACUAUGGUACUUGCUUGGAUCACAGAUCCUCAAACUCGCAAGCAGCCUUGGAAAUGACGUUAACUCUAUCAUACGAGAUAUGGAAGACCGUGAGAGCAGCGGAGAUGUAGGACUUGCAGUUCUACUUGAGUAUGGUCAAACAGCAACACUCAGUGCUCUUCUGACAGGUCACACUGUAUGGAGAUGCGCGUUAGAAGCUGUGAGCGAAAAGGAUGAUUUUGGCCCACUAGAGGCCAUGAUCUUCCAAGGUUCACCCGCGCCCUUCUUGGGGGACCCUAAACCACAAUACAGAGGCGAUGCUGUCAAGGGGCCGGAUGAACAUCAGCUGUGUUUCCGAGCCAUCGCUUACUACGCCAUCGCAACGAAUGACUUCAAACUCUGCAAAUGGUUGCUCGCAGUCGGUAUGGACGCCGAAGAACUCUUUAUUCUCGACCUCGAUGACGGGUUGUUAUGUUAUGUACGCAAAGCUCCAGCUAUGUACUGCAGUUUUGGUGGCGGUCGAGGUAACCCCUUGGACCAAGUCAAGCAUAAACUACCUUCCCUCCUCGAAGUUGCAGCCCAACACAACAAUCAAGUGUGGAUCGAAUUCCUCUUGGCUGCAGGUGUCUCUGCUAUAGACUCUAUGGCAUUGUUACGAGCGACACGGAAUAGAGCAUCUGAUGCUAUAAUUCAUCUUCUUCUGGAAGCAGCUCAAGUCAGAAAGUCUCUAGUUGAACGGACUUAUGGUGUUGCAGCACUUCGACAAGCCGUCCGGUCUCGCAACUUCGGAUUGAUCAAAAUUCUAUGUGCAGCUGUGGAUAUGAAUGCCAUUGAGCCGUUCCCCGAAGAGUAUAUACCAGUGGGACAUCCAUCCCCCGAUAUUGUCAGUCCCCUAGGCGAAGCAAUCAUCACGAACGAUCUCGAAAUAGUCCGGAUACUUUUACAUCACAAUGCCAGCCCAAACGCCUUUGUGUCAUUAGAUGGACUGGAAAUAUCGGAGAAAGCCCAAGGUUACAUGCAACGAGUAACGCCACUACUCGCCGCUAUCGACAUGAAAAGUCUACCAAUGGUGAAAGUACUCUUAGAAUGCGGGGCAGAGCUACACUACACGUGUAACAUGGGGACUACUCGCACGCCUUUGCAAAGGGCCGCGGAAAUGGGUUGCCUCGAUAUAGUGCAAUACCUUGUCAAUCAACACGCAAUCAUCGAUACAAUCCCUAUCUAUUCUGGCGCUACCGCUUUGCAAUUGGCUGCCAUGAACGGGUUUUGCGGAAUUGCUGAAUUCCUGCUUAAGCAUGAAGCAAAUCCAAAUUACCCACCUGGUAGAGGCCAUGGUCGAACUGCCUUCGAAGCAGCGGCAGAACAGGGCCGUAUUGACAUGAUGUCGCUUCUAGUAAAGUGGAAUGUCAACCUUGAUUUGGUGGUUGGAGAGCCUCCUGAAAGUCAAUAUGAACGGGCUCGGCGGUUUGCGGAGAACAAUGGCUUCAUGGCGUCGAAGCGAUACGUAGAACACAUCUACAAACAAACAAUGGGUGAUCAAGAAUGGGGGAGCGAGUUGGCAUUGGAUUUGAUGUCAUCGAUAGGAUGA